CGCGGCUGCAACCCCCAAAGCUCUCCAAGCUCGUAGAAAGGCAGCCUACCUACUAAAAACGUCAAUCGCGACUUUCCUUAAACAUUCAUCAGCUCCCCCUGAGCUGUGUCGACGCAUCCAUCCCAAAACUACCCCGGAACUACCCAAAUAACUACUCGCAUCCGAAUUCCAUAAAUAUGGGCGCUCUAACGUACGGCGCUGGAGGUCUCUCCUCUUUCAUAACAGUUGUUGGACUGUACAUGCUCUUUACCGGUAGCGGUGAAUCCUUCAACGUCGGAGCUUUCCUCGAAACGGUAUCGCCGUACGUAUGGGCGGAUCUGGGUAUUGCGCUUUGCAUUGGUUUAUCAGUCGUCGGCGCGGCAUGGGGUAUCUUUAUCACGGGUUCUUCCAUCCUCGGUGGUGGUGUUAAGGCCCCUCGAAUCCGAACCAAGAACUUAAUCUCCAUCAUCUUCUGCGAAGUCGUUGCCAUCUACGGUGUCAUCAUGGCCAUCGUAUUCUCUGCCAAGGUCAGCUACGCGGGCCCCGACGAAGUGUUCGACCCCAACAGUUAUUAUACCGGUUUCGCCUUGUUCUGGGCUGGCGUGACGGUAGGAGGAUGUAACCUGGUUUGCGGUGUUGCUGUUGGCAUCAACGGCAGUGGAGCUGCUCUAGCGGAUGCUGCGGACCCUUCUCUUUUCGUCAAAAUCCUCGUCAUUGAAAUCUUCAGUUCCGUCCUAGGUCUCUUCGGUUUGAUCGUCGGUCUCCUCAUGUCCAGCAAGGCAAACGACUUUGGCGAGGUCUAGUCUCGAUUAUGUAUUGUUGGAAUACAGUGUAAGAAGAGAUGCAUUCACAAUCGAUCAAGGAUUGUUGGCGUUCGGAAAGAUGGUUUCAAAUUGGGGAAAGUUACGGGUUUAUCCAUUUGUGAACUAUUGUAUGUACUAUUAUGACAACCGAGCGUGAUCACAGCUUAUCAGGAGCUGCUGGAAUAGACUCCACACGAAAAUCUACAAGAGGCCAGAGCCUCGAACAGAUUGAACCGGCACCUACCAUUUGCCAAACCAUCCCAGGCUAUACUGGAGUGGGAUUAAUGUGGCUACUGGUUCGCUAGAACUAUAAUAAUCUAGAGAGAAGUACUAUAUAUCAGAUAUCGGGGCACAUCCAAUACU